CUCGCUGUUUGCGACGUUACAAUCGAUCAAUUUUCGCAGAUACGCGCAAAGCCAGAUGAAGGUCGUCCUCGGCGAACACGAUAUUUGCCAGAGCGACGUCCGCGUCGUUAAAUUUUCCAUCGAAAAGUUCAUUCAACAUCCGAGCUACAAAGCUUCGAGACGACUAAUCGCGGAUAUCAUGCUCGUCAAGCUCAACAUGAGAGUCACGUUCAACCAGUACAUUCGACCCGUGUGUCUACCUAAAGAAGGUAAGAGAAGAAAUAUCAUGUUGGCGAGAGUCAACACCGAGGCCCGAUACGCCGGUAGAACUGGCUACGUCCUCGGCUGGGGAGUUGGAGACAGCGACAAUACCUCCUGCGUCUUGCGAAAAACCAGUCUCGUUGUCUACAAGCCUGGAACCUGUGCUUUCACUGCUUUUCGUGUCUUUUGCGCGGGAUACCCAGAGGGAAAGCACGAUGUUUGCUCGGGAGACAGCGGUGGACCUUUUCAAGUAAUCAACGCUCAAGGCAGAUACGAGCUGAUUGGAAUCGUGUCGUCUGGAAUAGCUUGCGGGGACGAAGAGUCACCCGGUCUCUACAGCGACGUGCUCUUCGCGCUGCCGUGGAUCUACGAGGAAGCUUAUCGGGACUCCAUGUUCUACGUCAAGCCGACCACGAGCAGGAUGAUACGGCAGGCCUUAGCUGUGGCGAUCUGUGCUCUCCUGAUCCUAGACGUCGCCCAGAGUCGGAAGUUGCCGAACGUCGAUCGGACUUGCGACUGCGGCCGAUCGAACGAAGACGUCGCCGAGCGCAUCGUCGGCGGUAUACUCGCGGCUCCUCACGUCUUCCCAUGGAUCGUCGCGAUCUUCCACAAAGGUGCCCUGCACUGCGGUGGCGCGCUCAUAAACGAUCGCUACGUUCUGACCGCUGGCCACUGCAUUUUCAAAAUGAAGAAGAAGGACCUGAGCCUGGGACUGGGCAUCCACGACGUUCAGAAACUCGAAGAGGGUCUGAUACUUCCUGCCGGUCAGCUGAUAAUCCACGAGGAGUUUGACAGCGACAACCUGCACGAUUUCAACGACAUCGCUCUGAUCAAGCUGAAAGAGCCGAUCGAGUUCACCCAAGACAUCAAGCCGGUCUGCUUGCCACAAAAAGGAUCGGACUACACGGGACACGACGUCAAAGUCGCUGGAUGGGGUCGCGUCAAGAACAACGGAGGCGCCUCGCGGUACCUUCGACAGGCGUCUCUCAAAAUGAUGUCUUACAAUACGUGCAAGAAGACGAAAAUCGGUAAUCAUCUGGAGAAGACGAUGAUCUGCGCUUAUGCCGACGACACGGAUGCCUGUCAGGGUGACAGUGGCGGGCCACUGCUUUUCGAAAGGGACAGCGGAAAGUACGAAACGAUAGGCGUCGUGUCUUGGGGAAUGGGAUGCGCGCAGAGAGGAUACCCUGGAGUUUACGUUAAAAAUACAGACUACUUGGAUUGGAUAUACUCGCAUACCACCGACGCCAUCUACUGCAUGGACAAAUAAUUUUUCUAUUAUUUCAAUGAGAAAGGAAUAAAGUGUAUCGUUUUUUUUCAAUUUA